AUGGUAGCAGCAGUAGUAGGAACAAAGCAUUCGAUUCUGUUCCUUAUUUCCUCUCUUUAAUCAAACUUUUGCGUAAUACACUCUUGGCAAUACAAUACAAAUUUUCUCUCUCAUUUUCCAGGUGUCGAGUGGAAAAAUUAACUGGUAGUACAAAUGGAGAUCAUGCUUAACAACACUCAGCUAACGUGCGCUUCCACGCUUUCAACCUCCAUUCAGGGUGUUGUGCCACUGUUGGCAAUUGAGACCAAAGUCAAGGGAGAGCAAAACACAAAUGAUGAGCAUAAAGUAGUUGAUGCUGCUGAUGAAGGUGGAGAUGGAGACGACAACGAUGAGAAUGGAAAUGGUGGAUUUGAGGAUGGCGAAGAAGAAUAUUCUGAUGAAGGGGUUCAUGGAAACAAUCCCAACAAAAGCAAAGGAAAUGACAAUAAAAGCAAUGGAGAUGCAGAAGAUGAAGAGGAUAGUGGUGAAGGAGGUCAUGAUGAUGAUGGUGAUGACAAUAAUGAUGAUAAUGAUGACGAUGAUGGAGAUAAUGAUGACGAUGAUGGUGAAGAAGGGGAGGAUGAAGAAGAAGCCGUGGAGGACGAUCCAGAAGAUGAUGAAGAGGAGGAUGAAGAAGAAGAAACUAUCCAACCUCCAAAGAAGAGGAAGAAGUGAACAAGUGACCAAUUGAAGUUAGUUUAACUUGAGUGGGAGAAUCAUCCAUUAUGCUUUUUAAUUACCUUUCAUUUGAAGUUAUGAACUUUGGAGCUUUUAAAUGAACAAAGAAGAUUCCCCUUCAA